AUGGAUGAAAGUAUCAACCAAGAACUACGUAGGAAUAAUAAUGCUGAAAAUAAUUAUGCUUCGAAUGACCCUUCUCUUCCUUCCGCAUCUAACAAAAGUCAAUCACAAACUUCUAAUGUUCGGGAGAAAACUAAUCUUGCUUGGAGAUACGUUGCUUUACAAAAUAUAAAUGAAAAACCGCAUUACCAAUGCUUAUUUUGUCUGAGUACUUUUGGGGGUAGGGGAAUUAAUAGAAUGAAAAAGCAUUUGGCGAAGAUAGGUGGAGACAUUAAGAAGUGUUCUAAGGUCUCAUAUGAUGAAGAAAAACAAAUGGAAGGUUUAUUGAAAGAGAUUCAGAAAAGUAAAACUAGUAAAAGGAAAGUAAGUUUCAAUGAAGAGGGUAGUGAUGAAAUUGAGGAUGCAAUUGACGAAGCAAUAGCGCAAGAAAAACAACAAACUCCGAGUCAGUUACUAACUAAGCAGGUGAUUGGAGGUGAUCCCAAAAAGAAAGCAAAAACCAUUAUUCCUCCUAUGUUUGCAUCAAGAACAACUCUGGGAAGUCAACCAAGUCUGAAAAGUGUGUUUCAAAACAAAGAGGCGCUUCAUGAAGUUGAUAAGCGAGUGGCUAGAUGGCUUUUGGAUUGUAGGAUUCCUUUCAAUGCGGUUAUGUCACCCUUUUUUCAAGAUAUGUUGGAUGGUGUUGCUGGCAUUGGGCCUGGUUAUAAAGGUCAUUCUUAUGAUAAACUGAGGGUUAACUUAUUAGCCGAUCUCAAAAGGGAGUGUCAAAUAGUUGUUGAUAGUUAUAGGUCUGCUUGGAAAGAAACUGGAUGUACUCUCAUGGCUGAUGAUGCUUCAAAUGUGGUAAAAAAUGCUUCAAGCUUGUGUGACUUGUUUUCGGAGGUGAUUAAAUGGAUUGGACCUGAUAAUAUUGUUCAUGUAGUGACUGAUAAUGCGGCGAAUUAUGUGGCUGCGGGUAGGCUUAUUAAUAAGAAGUUUGAAAAUAUUCACUGGUCACCUUGUGCUGCUCAUUGCUUGAAUCUUAUUCUAAAAGAUAUAAGCAGCAUGCCACAUAUUUCUAACCUUACAACACGUGCUUCGAAGAUUACUGUGUUUGUGUAUAAUCAUACGAUGUUCUUGUCCUGGCUAAGACAAAUAAAUGAUUGGAAGGAGAUUGUGCGCCCAGGUGCAACUCGUUUUGCCACUGUCUUCAUCACAUUGCAUUGUAUCUUUGAGUGCAAAAUGGAUUUACAAGCAUUGGUUGUUGAUCCACACUUUAUCGAACAUAAAUUAGGAAGGAGUGCUAAUGGUAGAGCUGUGAGUGCAAUUAUGCUAGACAAUAAAUUUUGGGAUGAUUGUUUUACUGCAUGCAAAAUUGUGAGUCUGUUGAUUAAAUUUCUAAGAUUGGUAGAUACCGAUGAUAAACCAUCAUUGGAAAUUGUUUAUGAAGGUAUGUUGAGAUCAGAAAAUGGAAACAAAGAAAUGUUCAAGCAUAGUAAGGCUGCAUAUCAACCUUACACAGAGAUUAUCAACUCAAGAUGGGACAAACAUUUGAAAAAAAUCUUCAUGCAGCAGCUUAUUUCUUGA